AUGAAUACAAAUAAUUAUUCAUUACGAAAGACCAAAUCUAUAAAUACUGCAUCGGUAGCGUCAGCUACUUCGUCAUUCACAAACUCAGGUACAGGUUUCUUCAAAUCCAUCUUCUCUAGAUCAAAACCUUCUAAACAGCCUAUCCCUUCAUCUACUGCAUUGAAAAGAUCUAAAACAACUACUAAUCCUCCAACUGCCACCACUACUACUACCAUACCUUUAUCUGCAACACAUAAACAUAGACUAUAUAAAUCCACUUCUAAUAAUAUCCCUUCCACUAAUGAAACUACAACUUCUAUGAAAAGCAAUAAUAAUAAUAGUACUAGUAAUAAAAAUGAUGAAGAUGAAGAUUCACGACUAUUGAAAUUCUUGCAAUAUUAUAAGUCAAAAAACUAUUCUGUGACUGCAUUCAAUACCCAACCAGAUUUACAGCCACAAUCAGAUUCUAAUAUACCCUCACAACCCAUAGAAGAUAGUGGAGGGGAUGAUUAUUAUGAUAAGGAAUCUUAUAAUUCCGACAAUGACGUCUCUACAUUAUCUUCGGAAAGUGAUAAUCCUCCAAAUAUAAUAGAUAAAAAGGGAAGGCCGAUUCCUCCACAUCCAAACGAAUCGAAAUACCCUUCCAUUCUGAAAAACCAUCCAUCUCCUUCUCCAAUAUCUUCGCCAUCACCUCAUGCAUCCCCUUCACAGUCCCCACCACCAGUUCCCUCUGCUAAAUUUGGAACUUUUUUAAGAAAAGUUACAAGUUCUCAUUUAAAUUCAACCACAUCUUCUGUAUCUUCUUUAAAUAAAGCAACUACCAAUUCAAAUUCUACCUCUACUCCUGUUUCAACUGAAAAUAAUACGGCUACUGUUAAUUCUACUACUACUGCCCAAGUAAAAUCAAAAUUAAAUCAGCAUAAGAGUUUAUAUAAAUUGAAAAAAAACAAUGUCUCUAAUAUACCAGGUUUAGAAAAAAUUAAACCUUUAAAGCAUGUAUCAUUUGCAACAAAUACAUAUUUUAAUGAUCCUCCACAACAAAUUUGUUCAAAAAAUCCAAGAAAGGGUGAAGUUCAAAUAAAUCCAGAUGGUACUGUUGUUAUUCAUAGAUUAUCACAAGAGGAAAGAAAACGAAUCUUAGAAUCAUCAACUUUUGGUAUUGUCGUAGGUGGUACAGGUCAAUUAAAAUUGUUAAACCCCCUAGAAAAUGAAAAUUUAUCUGAUAUCAAUGUGACAAACACUGAUAUUUCUCAUGCAACAAUUGAUAAGCCAAUGUUAUCAAGAAGAUCUUCCUCAGAGUCAACCACAAGUUCUCAAAUUCAUUCUUCCUCGCAAUCCCUAGUAUUAUUAAUGUCUCAAGAUUCAUUUGAAGGUGAAAUUUUCCCACCAAAGGACAUUUCUAUCCCAUUUGAUAUUGUCUAUACACGUUGUUGUCAUUUAAGAGAAAUCUUACCAAUCCCUGCUAUGAUGAAACAAUUGAAAAAAGGUUCCACUGAAACAAUUCCUCUUUUACAAUUGCGUAAUCCUAGACCUUCCAUGGUAGAGGUUUGGGCUUUUAGUGAUUUCAUUAGUAUUGUCCCGGUAUUAUGCAUUUCAUUAGACGGUGUAAAUUUAACUGUAGAACAAUUUAAAAUUAUCCUAAGUUCUUUAAUGCAUAAAAAAAAUUUCGAAAAAUUAUCUUUAAGAAAUACUCCAAUUAAUUCUGAAGGUUGGAAAUUAUUAUGUUAUUUCAUUUCUAAAUCACAAUCUUUAAUAUCAAUAGAUUUAUCGAUGGUACCCACUAUGAAAACAAAUGUACAAAAACCUUCUAAAUCUUCGUUGGCUAAAAAGAAAAAAGAUAAAGAAAAUAAUAUUAUAAGAAUGGUUUCCAAUUUAAAUUGUAGAGACGAUAUUAAUUGGAAUUUAUUAACGGCAGCCAUUGCUUCUAAAAAUGGGAUUGAAGAAAUCAUUGUAUCAGGUGCUCAAAUGUCACGAGAAUCUUUCCAAAAUUUUAUUCAAGUAGCAUGCAUUGCAACAGAAAGAUUGGGAUUAGCAUAUAACAAUUUAACUAAGGAACAAUGUGAAAACUUAGGGAAAUGGAUCAUUCAAUCAAAAGUAACAGGGUUAGAUGUUUCAUUUAAUGAUUUAAGAGGCAAAUUAGAUUCUUUUUCAAAUGCAAUCAAGAGUAAGAUUAAAAAUUCGAAUGUAAAGAAUAUUUUUAAAUUUAUUUCAUUAAGAGGUACUAAUUUAUCUGUAAAAAGUGGUGAUAGAUCGGAAAAUAAUGAAGCUCUAAGAAUGAUAAGUUGUUUGUGUUAUUGUGAAAAUUUGAAAUUCUUGGAUCUUUCAAAUAAUCCCGAUAUGUUUCCUUACUCUAUGCAUACACUAAUUAAAAUUUUACCUGUUUUUGCUAAUUUGGUAAGGUUGCAUUUGGAUUUUAAUAAUUUAUCAUCAACAGGGAUUAUUAUGUUAUCUGAAAUAUUACCCUUUUGUUCAAAAUUAAAUUAUUUGUCAAUUUUAGGCACAAAAUUAGAUCAGAUCACUUCAAAAUCUUUAAUACAAGCAAUCGAAAAGAGUUCCACCUUGAUUACUUUAGAUAUUGAUUUUGAUGAUGAUGAUACUAAAUUUUCCAAAAACUUUAAAAACGAAUUAUCUAUAUAUACAAUGAGAAAUAUGGAAAAUGAAUUUAAAAAUAUAAAUAAUUCAACCACCACAGGUUCGGAUACCAAUCCUUCUGAAAUGAUUAGUUUCCAACAGGAAUUAUCAGAAUUAUUAACUGAUGCGUUCGAUGAUAAAGCUCAUUACGAUCAAUUGGCUCAAAAUUUCAUACAAAAGAUCACAGAUUCGCGUAUAAAGAUUAGAAAAGUAAUUCAAGAUUUAUUCGAAUUAAGACUCAAUUCUCAAUUAAGCUUCGAGGGGAAAGAAACGUUAAUUAGAUUUUGUUUCAUAGAUGCUUGCUUUGAAAAAUGUAUUAGAUUAAUUCGAGAACGAACUUUGAAAAGGAAUCAAAUUAAGAAUAAAAAUUGUUUAAAUGAAAGCAAUUCAGACUUACCAAUAUCAGAGUCUCCAAUGAGUAGUCAUUUGGUACCUACCACUUUUCCACAAAAUCUUUUCAGAACUGAUAAUAAUCACAUUACUACAAUUAAUAGCAAUAAUAAUAAUAAUAAUAAUAAUAGUACUAAUAAUAAUAAUAAUUCAAAUGAUAAUACCGAUGUAUCAUCCUUACAAACUGUACCAUCUUCCACUAAUUUAAAUAAAAGUGGCCAUUCAGUUCUACUACCGUUUGGUAAACCAGAAAUUGAAGAUUUCCACCCAAAUGCUGACGAUACAAAAGAAUAUAGAAAUGAUCAAGAUUAUUUGACAAUUAAAAUUAAAACUAAUCAAAAUCGUGAAGAAGGUGAUAUAUUUAAAAAGAGUGUUCAUAUGAUAAAGAAAAUUAAAGAAGAUUCUGAAAAUAAAAAUAUGUCGGCUUUAGAUAAAGAUGCUAUACGGAAUGCUGCAGAAAGUUUAAAUAGUAAUGAAAUUAGAAAAUUCUUGUUAAAGAAUGAUAUAUCCACAGUUGUUGACGUUAUUGAUGAAUUACACAAGCAAGGUUAUCAUUUGCAUGAUAUCUUUAAGAAACAAAAUAUUAAUAUGAAUUAUCAUUUAGAUAGUAAUGAUGAAGAAAGUAAUGAUGAAGAAAGUAAUGAUCAUUUAACCUCUAGCUUGGAUUCUUCUUUGUUAGGAAAGCAUUCAUCUAUGAAGCACCUUGACUCAGAAAGUACCUUUGUCGAUGCAAGUGAUAAGGUCCCUAAUAGCUUAUCAAAUAUAUCAUCGUCGGAUAAAAAUAUAGUUGAGAAGAUAAACGAUUCAGAUUUUCCAGUAUUAAAGUCAACUAAUGUUUCUAUAGAUUGCGAUCAUAGAAAUCAAAUCGAUGCAGCUUAUGAUACAGUCUUGGAUGAUUUACAAAAGACUAGAAAGGCUAAUAAAAUGGAUGAUGUGUCUUCUCAUUAG